AUGUCCGAACAAGCACCGAAGCCGAACACAAUGGCAGAUGUCCUUUCAAUGUUGCCAGACAAGCGCCCAGUUCAAAUUCAAAUUUUGAAUUUGAAAGCUCAUCUGACAAACACCGUUAAGACUCUCCAAAGUAGUCUUAUGGAAGAGAUGACCAAGCUCAAAGCCGAUGUCCUCAUGAACCAAGCUUCCAAUGAGAAAUGCCUGAAUGAUUUGACGGAAACCUUGCGCAUUUACGCGAGAGAGAACCGAGACCUUGCCAGACUCAUCUACCGUUUCUUCGAAGAGAUAGACGCCAUCUGGAAGGUACUCGGAAAGGACAGAACCUCCAACACCGUAAUUCGUGAGUACCAAAUUGAAGAAGGAAUUUUCGAGGAAGAAGAGAAACAAGAAGAAGAAGAGAAACACGAAGAAGAAGAGGAAGAAGAAGAGAAACACGAAGAAAAGGAA